UAUGUAAGCAGGCAGGGGAACUGUGGUGACGCUCUAUGCCCUGACACGGUGCUGACGUCAGCCUUGGCGACAGAAGGCUGACAGGGUGUGCAGUGAUCUGCGCAGGCGCAUGGUGGCCUGCAGGCGCAUGGUGGCCUGUAGGUGAAUCCAGACGGUGCUGGUGUGCAGAGCAUUGUGGGUAGGCUGAAUAGACUGAAAAGGACAGCAGCCAGAACUCUGGCCCCUUUUGGCUGCAGCUUCUUCUGAUCAGAUGCAUCUUGGUGGAGGUGCUCCAGGCAUCCAUCUGCCAUGUCUACUUCUCCUGGGAACUGAACACAUGAGACUCUGCUAGCCGGGCCUGGCAUUCUGGGGCAGGAUCUAUGCAAUUUGAAGCUCAGUUUUGUGGCUGGCUUAGCUGAGAGAUUUUAGGUGUGGGGGUGCCGGGGGACCGCAUGGAGAACGCCUCCCUGAGCCCCGACUACUCGCACUACGACGACGACGAGCUGGGGGACCUGCCGGUGGACUGCGCGGGGGGCGCGUGCGGGCUGAGCUCCGGGCCCGGCGCCGCGCCGCUGCUGCUCCACGCGGCCGCCUUCCUGCUGGGGGCUCCGGGCAACGCGCUGGCGGCCUGGGCGGCGCGGGGGGCGGCGCGGCGCGGGGCGCGGGGGGCGGCCUGGCUGCUCCACCUGGCGGCCGCCGACCUGCUGUGCUGCCUGGCGCUGCCGCUGCUGACCGCUCCGCUCGCGCCGCGCGGCCAAUGGCCCUUCGGGGAGGCCGGCUGCCGGGCGCUGCCCGCGCUGGGCCUGCUGGCGCUGUACGCGGCGGGGCUGCUGCUGGCGGCGCUCAGCGCUCACCAGGGGCUGCGGGCCUGCCGGGCCCGGGGUUGCGGGCCGCGCGGCGCUCGCGGGGCGGCCUGGGCGCUGGCCCUGCUGCUGAGCGCGCCCAGCCUGUUAACCCGGCGGCUGCACCGCGAGCGCUUCCCCGAGCGGCUGCUCUGCGUGGUGGACUACGGGGGCUCCUCCUCGGCCGAGCGCGCCCUGGCCGCCGCCCGCUUCGCCCUGGGCUUCCUGGCGCCGCUGCUGCUGGCCGCCGGGGGCCAGGCCGCCCUCCAGCUCCGCGCCUCCCGCAGGCGCUGGCCGCUGGGCACGGCCGCGCUGGUCGGCUGCUUCCUCUGCUGCGCCCCGUUCCACGGGCUGGGGCUGCUGCUCGCCGUGGCCGCGCCCCGCUCGGCGCUCCUGGCCCGGGCCCUGCAGGCCGAGCCCCUGGCGCUGGGCCUGGCCCUGGCCCGCAGCUGCCUGAGCCCCGGGCUGCUCCUGUACUUCGGGCGCGCCCGGCUCCGCGAGUCGCCGCUGGCCGCCUGCAGCUGGGCCCUGCGGGAGCCCGAGAGCCUGGAGAACAGCGAGCACGGACACGGGUCCUCCCGCCAGGACCUGGUGACGGUUUCAGAGGCGGAGAUGUAGGCUGGAAGGGCUGGUGGGGAAGCUUCAGGCACGGCUGCAGGCAGCUGCAUUGUAUCAUUUAUUCCUUUAAAAUUGUUUUCUCCCUGGCACCAGGGUUAUCGCUGGGGCUUGGUGCCUGCACCACCGUUCCCAGAGGCCAUUCUCUUCCCCCUUUUAAAAAUUCAUUUUAAUUUAAUUUAAAAAAUCUUUAUUGGGGGAUUAAUUGUUCACAGUCGACAAUAAAAUACAGUAUUUUGUACAUGCGUAACAUUUCCCAGUUUUCCACAUAACAAUACAACCCUCAGUAGGUCCUCUGCUGCCACCAUGCUCCAGGACCUCUCGCCCCACCCCAGUAGUCCUUUACUGUGGUGCAAUACACCAUUUUUCUUUUUUUUAAAACUAUAUUUGUUAAAAAAAUAUAUAUCUGUUACUAAUAUUAUGCUGCAAGAUUUAUUAUGAUUGUACUGUAUAAUGUUUCAUCACACCCACCACCAAAGUUUUUUCUUUUUUCUUUU